AUGGAUAAUUCUCAGAACAUUAGUUACCAAGCUGGCCAGGCUAAGGGCCAAGCUCAGGAAAAGGGUAAUCAGAUGAUGGAGCAGGCUAGCAAUGCUGCACAGUCUGCCAAAGAAACAAUGCAACAGGCGGGACAACAAAUAAAGGCCACGGCACAAGGAGCAGCCGAUGCAGUUAAAAAUGUUACUGGCAUGAACAAAUAA